GCACUUGCCAGUCUUCGGUUCGAGCUCAGUCAAGUCGCAUUCAGAGAAAGAGGCGCAGGCGCAGCCGAAAACGAAAAAACAGACAGCGAGAUACACAGUGUUCAUAGAGUCGUUCUCUCUCUGUCCCUCGCCCAAGAGACCCAGACGAACAGCUCGAGUCGCGAGUGUGGCAUUGCUUUUGGACCAAACUCCAAAACAAACAACGAAUUUGAAUUUAACAUUUGAUCUUGCUGAAAAGAGAUGUCAUAAUGGAGCCAAUGACCAUGCUGGUGUUGGCCUUCCAGCUGCUGGCCCUCUUCUCGAUCGCCGGGGCGCUGCUCAUCUAUCUAAUUUGCAAGGUGCGGGAGGACAGCGAGGCGGCCACCGUGGAGGCCCAGCCGAGCCGGGUGGUGCUGGUGACGAGCGCGGACACGGCCCUGGGACUGCAGCUUUGCACCCACUUGGCCAACAAGGGGUGCCGCGUCUUCGCCGGCAUGAAGGAGGCUCACGAUUCCCUACCCGCCAAGCUCCUUUGUGGCUGGAUGAAGAUCCGCGAGUACAGCGAAGAGCCCAUCGCCGGCACCAUCAUCCCCAUGCGCCUAGAUGUGACCCGAGAGGAUGUGCUGCGCGAGGCCACGGUGGCCAUGGGCGCCCACCUGAACGCCGAUGAGCGCGGCAUCGCCGCCGUGAUCAACACCAGCGGUAGCGUGUUCCGGGGCCGGGUCGAGUCGCAAGACGUGCAGCAGUGGGAGCACAUGCUGAAGACCAACAUCCUGGGCACGCUGCGUGUGGCCAAGGCCUUUGUGGGCUUCCUCCGGCCUACGCGCGGUCGUCUCCUCUAUCUGGGCGGAGCCGGCGGCACGCGGACGGGUUCAGCGCUAACGGGCGGCGAGGGAUUGGUGGCCUUCAAUGCAUCGCGCGUGGCCGUGGACAAGUGCGCCGAGGAGCUGCGCAAGGAGCUGCAGCCGUACGGCGUCAGUGUAGUGGCGCUGGACACCUGCGGAAUGACAGCCGAGUCCCUCUACAAGGCCCCCGUGGCACAGACGAUGUCGGCGAGUGCCGGAGCACCUACUCAGUAUACGGCGGACGUGCUGAGUCCCAGUGCCCUGCAGGUGAUCGAGCGGGCACUGUGGGACUUUGCCCCACAGGAUCGCUAUACGCUUCUCACCCACAACAAGUAUCAAUUCACGUUGCCAUGCCGCUCCUCGUUGCGUCUCCAGCGGCCGGCAGCUGCAACCGAGUCUGCGACGCAAUCCGUUUAAAUCCGUGCUUUGUCUCGGUCUCUAGCUUCAGCUGCCUCCUGUACAUACGUAUCCCCGCUGCAGUCUCUUCUCCUGCUCCUGCUGUCGUCUAACAACGCUAACCAUGUUUUUUGUUUAAUGAUAUUUCUUCCUUUGGAAGGCUUUUUAUACAUACAUACAUAUACAAUAAUAUAUAUUUUUUACUCGUUUUCGCAUACACUUUGACGGUGCACUUUUGACGGACAACAUACAUAAGCACUGAAUGAUACGAGCAAUGAAAAAUGAAAAUAAAUCUUUGUGCUAAUCUAAAA